AUAAUACAAUUCUAGUUUUACUUAUUUGUUGCCUAUAGGCUAAAUCACAUGAGCCAAGUUACCAUGGAGGAUACAUAUUAAUUGCAUUUAGACUGUCCGACACGCAGGCUCAGCGACACGGACAGCGGCAGCUGUGACUGGUCCGCUGAGCUGCCCACAUUUUCCCGCCUUGCAGUUUAGACUGCAGAGGCACGGAGGACGCAAAGUAUAAACCCGCCUCGCAGCUCAGGCCACUCGCGCAGGGUACUCUGUGGGCAACGAGUUGCCUCGACGCAAAAGUAAACAGCCUUCAGCACAUUUUUUACAACGCGGUCAACUCUCGUACUUCGGGACAGAUACCAGCCCCGGGGGGUUCUAUUCGAAGGUAAAACAGUCUAAUAAGUCCAGUUUGCUCACACGGACGCCAAAGGUUUUAGAACAGAGUAAUAUAAUUUAAAGAAACGCAUUUUCAACUGCCCUGUUAAACCCAGAGGGAGCAUCUGGUUAGCAUUAGCCAAGCUAGCACACUGCUAGCUCUGCUCACCACGCCUCCGUUACAUUCGUCCGACCACCUCCUUUAGCUCCGCGAGCUUUUCCCGCCGGCUCCGCGAUCCCGUCGGCUCCGCGAGCUUCGCCCGUCGGCUCCGCGAGCCCGUCGGCUCCGCGAGCUUCGCCCGUCGUUAAACCCAGAGGGAGCAUCUGGUUAGCAUUAGCCAAGCUAGCACACUGCUAGCUCUGCUCACCACGCCUCCGUUACAUUCGUCCGACCACCUCCUUUAGCUCCGCGAGCUUCUCUGGCCGGCUCCGCGAUCCCGUCGGCUCCGCGAGCUUCGCCCGUCGGCUCCGCGAGCUUCGCCCGUCGUUAAACCCAGGGGGAGCAUCUGGUUAGCAUUAGCCAAGCUAGCACACUGCUAGCUCUGCUCACCACGCCUCCGUUACAUUCGUCCGACCACCUCCUUUAGCUCCGCGAGCUUCUCCCGCCGGCUCCGCGAGCUUCUCCCCCGGCUCCGCGAGCCCAUCGGCUCCGCGAGCUUCGCCCGUCGGCUCCGCGAGCUCCGCCCGUCGGCUCCUCGAGCUUCUCCCGCCGGCUCCGCGCGCUAAUGCUACCACUGCUACACCCAGUCCUCGAAAACUUCACUGAAACUCACCCUUAUAACACUGUACUUCAGCGGAGUGGCUUUACUGCUCCUUAUAACCUGACUGGUAGAAUUCAUAUUCAUAUGUCUAAGAAACCUUUGUUUGACUAACUUCUGUCGCAAGUUUAUACAAUUCUAGAAGGAAGCUUGUUUAGCUAAAUGUAGUUAUGAUUUUAUGUUCAGUGUAAUAAUCUCAAAAUGCUGAGUAAUAUAAUUAUAGUGUUGUUAAACUAGCUUUUUCUUGGUUCUUUGUUACAGUGUGUUGCCAGCCAAAAGGAGAGAUGCUCUGGAAGUGAUUUUUGGAGAGCUUCACGACUGACAAAUUCUGCAGAUUCUGUCUGGCAAGUCGGAGAGACAUUCAACAAUUAGAGAUGGCUGUACAACAUACCUUAACCAUGAGGGUUAUUGUCUCUGAUGGAGAUAUAAGAAAGAUGACAAUGCCAACACGACCUCACACACUGGACGAUUUGAUUGGCUGGCUCCAAGGCACUCUACAAACAAACUACAACUUCUCCUUACAGUACCAAGACCCUGAAUUUAACAAUGAACUCUGUAACCUUACAGAUAUCUCUGAACUUCCAGAGAAACCAAGCAUCAAAAUCAUCCCCAUAAUUGAGUUUGUUCCAAUAACAACUGAAUCAGUUAGUGAUGCAAGCAGCCAUGCAGACACUGACAUCCUGUCCAGUACCUCUCUGGAUAGAAGUCAUUGUUGGCCAGAUAUUUUUGACAUCCCUACAUUUUCGGUGGAUGUGGAGUACAGACUUCGUCAAGGUAACCUAUUGUACUUGAAGGAUGGUACCUUUCUUAAAGUGACAAAAGAACUAAAACAUGACAUCUUGGAGAAACUGGCUGAGACAAUGUAUGCAUUUAAAGCAUACCCAACAAAACAAGAUUUUGAGACUGUUGCAAAAGCCUUGGUACAAGCACACCCAUGUCUUGCAGAAUCGGGCUCACCUUCUGGCUGUGAUGGAUGGAAGAACAGCCUUAAGUUCAAGAUGGGUAAUUACAGGACCAAAAUGCGGCAGCUGGGUCGACUUGAUGUCUCCGUCAAUGCUGGCAAGCGUGGAAGACAAACUACAAAUGGUGACCCCCCCAACAAAGACAUCAAGAAACCAAGGAAGGGGGAAAUAAAUUACCUACCUGACUAUCCAGAGGGGAUGGAUGACCAUAUCCUGGAAGGAGCUCGUCAGAUUCUGGUUCAUGAAAUGAUGAAGUCCAAGCCAAAUAUUUCCCUUGUUAAGAAAGAAAUGGAUGUGACAUUUGCUCUUCGGAGAAAAGAAGUGGUCAGAGACAAGCCUGCCAUCAGCGAGGUGGUACAUCGCUGGCCAGCACUUUUCACAGAAAGUCAGAUAUAUUGUGAGUUUACCAGAGUGGUUGGAAAAAAUCUCAAAGAAGUGUUCUUUGACGCACUCGAUGAGUUCGCUCCAAGGCUGAUGGAUCUCUUUUCAAAGAAGAAAGGACUUGCUGGCCAGCUGUUGGCUGACCUUUUGCGACAGACAAAGACCACUGAACCAACAUGCCUCAGGUGCCUCUGUCUUCGGGGGCUACCAGUCGUCUUGGGGGAUGAUCCUUCUGCCUUCUUUAAAACAUCCUCUGACUCGUACAGCGGGACUCCAGUAGGACUCCUCUGUGUUGAUCAGGAACAGCCUCAGCUCAACCCAUCCAAAGUGGGGAUCAUCUUGGAAGGCAAUGUGGUGAUGGAGGACCUAGCCAACUUACCACAGGCCUUCUGUCUUCUUUUUGGCUUGAUCUAUGCUCUGCACCUGGACUACCCUAAGGUCAUGAAAAACAGUUUCUGCUUCAUUCAACAGGUAAUGCUCAAGCUGGGUAGUCGUGAGCUGCCACCCAAAAUUCAGACUUUAAAAAAUAAGCUUGCUGUGUAA